AUGAACAAGUAUGAAGUGAUGGGAGUGGUUGGAGAAGGUAAAAUUUACUUAGGCGCUUAUGGAGUCGUACUAAAAUGCAGAAAUAAAGAGACAGGUGAAAUCGUCGCAAUUAAAAAAUUCAAAGACUCUGAAGAAGAUGAAACAGUUCGCAAAACCACGAUCCGCGAGGUAAAAAUCCUCCGAAUGUUAAAGCAUGAAAACAUUGUACAGCUGAAAGAAGCUUUCCGUAGAAAAGGCAAGCUAUACCUUGUGUUCGAGUACGUUGACAGGAAUUUACUGGAAAUUUUAGAAGACAACGCUGGAGGACUGGAUGUAACUUUUACCUUACUCCCCUUCCACAAGUGAGCAAAAAAUUUUUAUUUUAAAUUCAUACCAGGAAGCAUUUAAAAGUGACAUGCCAAAAAAUGGUGGCAAGUGUGAAAAUGUUGCAAGUAAACGCUCUAAUUUUUAAAAUGGUCUUAUUAUUAAAUUAAUUUAAAAUUAAAAAUACCCAAUUAGACUGGGAUUGAUUAUCGAUGAAAAAAGACAAGAAAUAAAUUCUAUAAUAUUUUUUUUUAAAAUUGUAAAAAAUUAAUUUAAAUUAUGUUUUAAAAUGCAAUUGGUUAAAAUUAAACAGAAUUAGGUAGAGAUUUAAUUAUAAUAAUUAACACUAACAUAUCAAAAUUUUUUUGUUCGCUCACAGAGGGCAGGUUUUUACCGAAAGAUAGGAAAUUUCCCAAUGGGAGUUAGAUAAAUACAAUACGAUCCUAUACAAUAUUAUAAAUUAAAUGCUAUAUAAUACUAAUAAUGAUAAAAUCCCUAUUUCUAUAUAAAAUUAGAGAAUUUAUCCCUAUAAGUUAAUAAGAUUAACCCUCUCAAGAAUAUUUACCAGCUUUGCAAGUCAAUAGAAUAUUGCCACAGAAACGAAGUGAUACAUAGGGAUAUCAAACCAGAAAAUUUGCUAAUUUCAGCGUAAGUUUUAUAUAGAAACCAAACAUUGAAACUAUGCGACUUCGGAUUUGCAAGAACUCAGCCUCAGAAAGGAGGGGUGCUGACUGACUAUGUAGCUACUAGAUGGUACAGGUCGCCAGAACUUCUGUUAGGAGGCAGUGAAUAUGGCAGACCUGUCGAUAUGUGGGCUAUAGGCUGCAUAAUGGGAGAGCUUACUGAUGGCCAGCCUCUAUUUCCAGGGGAAAACGAAGUAGACCAGCUAUAUUUAAUUCAGAAAAUGCUUGGCUCUCUUACUAGUGAGCAGCAAGAAAUUUUCCAAAAAAAUCCUAGAUUUAUAGGUUUAAAGUUCCCUGAAAUUUCAAGAAUUGAGACACUUGAAAGAAGAUACAUGGGAAACUUACUCCCCGCUCAUUUUAUUAUAAAAUCUUUAAAAGUUCAAUAGAGUUAAUUAGAUAUUUUUAUAAAAACUAUCAAUAACAUAUACCCUAGAUCAAUAAUGGCUCGAUCAUCUCUAUCCUCAUCCUAAUCGCUGGUAGUUUCAUUUGAAAUAAAAGGGAAAAAUAAAAAUCUAAGUCCAUCAAAAUGAAUUUGACAUUUCAAAUUAACUUUGGUAGUUUAACCCUAAUGAAACAAAUCAUGGAGUAGAGGAGCCAAAAUAAUCUCUAUCAUCAAUUAUAUAUGAAAUUUUUGGCGAAUUAGGAUGAUGGAUUUUUCUAUAAGCAUAUAGAUAUUCUAAUGGGUUUGCUCGAUAAUGAAAGGAACUUAACAAAUUAGCAUUGGAUUUUAUGGAAGGACUCUUAAGAAUGGACCCAAAUGAUAGAAUGAGUGCUGCUGAAUCUCUACAGCAUCCAUUUUUUGGAGACUUAAGAGAAGACAUUGAUGAAAGGCCAUUUACUUCAUUAGUCUCCAGAAACGAGUCAAAUAAAGCAAGAGGACGCCCAGGCAUUGGUGUUUAUCCUCAGCAAAACUUUUCCAGCCACCUAGCAGCAGCUUCCUCAAUUGCCUCAAAACUGAAAAACCAGCCAAAUGUAGGGACAAAUGUUACCCCAACUGACAGCCGUCGUGCCAAUAUAAAGCUUAAAGAUGAUCAGUCAUCAUCUCCUCCUCCACAUUAUAAAGAUCCUUAUCAUUCAGGUUCAGUCCCUCCAGGGCUUGAUCCUAAUAAAUUUGAUCUCAAAACCCUUCGGGGAACCCAAAAUAAGGACAGCCAAAGAUCCAAGACAAGGGCUUCUCCAUUUAUUUCAGAUCCUAAUGAAUUUGAUAUGCCAAUUACUACAAAUCAAAGCAAUGAGUCCGAAAUAAAGCUGGAAAGGCAGAGAAGUAAGGAUGGAAUUAAAUAUGGAUAUCCACAGCCAAACCCACAGGCUAGGAAUAAGAAAAAAAGUGAAGAGCCGAUGUUUAAUAUAAAUGAAGAAGAAGAUACAAAAUCAAGCCCAAAAAUAAAAAACCACAAUAAGAAAAAAAUUACUACCAAACCUGUGUACUCUCAUGAAAUUUCUUAUGAAAAUCCAAUGCAGAGAGGACAAAGUCGAGGCUUAUUUGCGAGAGCCAGUCUAUUUCCAAAGCAAAUUCCUGAAAUACCUCACGCAGUUAAUGAAUCCGGCGAUUUCUCAAAUCAUCAGUCAGCUAGACAGCUUCCAAAUAUUCAUAAUAAUUACCAAUAUGCAGAUCUUAUGAAAAGACCUGACAAAGGCCAAAAAUACCCAGGCUAUGAGGACCCUGAAAUGGGUGGAGGUCCUCAGUUUAUUGCUCCUUUCCAAGGCUACGCUGAGGAUGGCUAUAACUUUGCUAACCCUCACUUUUAUGAAGCUUUUUAAGAUAGAAAAUUUAAAUAUUUUUUAUAUUUAAUUUAUAAUUAUAAUUUAAAAACUUUCUAUAAAAUUAAUAUUUUAAAACCUUAAAUUUAAUUAUAUUAGGGAUGAUGAACUGCAAGGGGCAUUUUUGCUCGCCGCAAGCCAACUUCUCCGUGCAGUUCAUCCUCCCUGACUAUAAAAUAUCCCUUUUUUACUAAUAGCCAACAAUUUUUUGGUUAUACAUUGUAGGAAGUAAGCAAAAUAAAGUUUAUAGCUAUGAAUAUAACGCAAGAGCUAGAUAA